AAAGACCAAUCACAAUACAUAUCAAUAUUAUAAAAAUCACUGAAAAUCACAAUAACAUUGAAUAACACUCUAACCUCAAUACCAACUGACAGAAUACAGAUAAAUAUUAUUGCCUAUUAAAUCCAAUAAAUUGAUAAGAUUUAUUGAUGAAUAAGGCCAAUAUGAAUUUUUCAGAAUUUAUGAUACAGUCGUUUAAACAUUUUUAAUUGUCAACAAUUUUUUAAUAAAAAUAUAAUUUUAAUGAUAGCUGACAAAUUGUGUCGCAUGAAGCGAUAAUUGAGCUGUAAAUUAUGCUGAUAUCAUGGACUACUAUUGUAGGACUACUUAGAAAAAAAAUUGUACUUGGAAUUAUUUUUGGUUUAUCGUUAACUUAUUUUGCCAUUUCACUUUUUGCUCAUGAUAAAAUAAGUACAACUUUAUCAACUUAUGUGGAUGAUGCCGAUGAAAGUAUGAUUAUUGAUGGUGAUGAUGUACCAAUUGAUGAUGAUAUUGAUGAUUUCUCAUUAAAAUUAUCUGAUGCUGAUGAUGUUAAUAUAAGUUUAAAUAAUUUACAAGAUUUUGGCAAUAUUAAUAGUACAAAUACUUCAAGAUCUUGUCGAAAUUCUAUCCAGGGAAAAGUCUUAAUUGUGGAUGAAAGAGGUUUUGUUUGUGCAAGAAAAGAAGUGCUUCCAUCAGGAUGUUGCAGUUUAGACAUUGUAAAUGAUCAAAAUAAUGAUAAUUUUAAUUUAUCAAAAAGAGAAAGAUACAGUUGUGAUACAUGUACAUCACAGGGAUGCUGUGCUAUUUAUGAAUUUUGUGUAUCAUGUUGUCUUCAUCCUGGAAAAAAAAGAAUAAAGAAAGAAUCCCACUUACCACAAAAUCGUCGUGAUAUACAACAAAAAUAUCGUAAAAUUGAUGAUACAAUAAAACAACGUUUACGUAAACUUGAUAAAUUUCAACAAUGUCUGGCUAUUUGUCGUACAUCAAGUGCCAGUGUUAGACAUGAAAAUACAUAUAAAAAUCCAAAUUUAAAAUAUUGCUUUACAAAUCAUGUAAUUAUUGGUAAUCAACGUUCAAUAAGUGAUUCAAAUAAUAAUAAUAAUGGCGAUAAUGUCGCUAUUACAUCUUCUAAUGUCCAAUUAUUUAACCUUGAUUGUUUUAUUCCUUUAUUCACAAACAAAACAUAUGACAAAAUUUAUUUAAAAAAUUUAUCAUUUUUUUUAUUAAUAUAUAUAUUUUUCCAAAUUAUUAGUAAACAAAAAAAGAUAAUAAUAUCGAUAAUAUUCAAAGUAGAACUUACACCUUUAAAAUAUAAAUUAUAUUCAAAAAAAAAAAAAAAAUAG